CAACCAGCAACUAAUUCUCUUCUUCCUCACCAAACUCACCAAAUCUCGGCCUUCAUCCAACCGCCUCAACAAACAAAAUGCAAUACUUCACCAUCCUCGCCACCGCCGCGCUCGCCGCCCUCUCGUCUGCCUCCCCAGAGCCCAUUUUCGGUCGCAGCUCGAACGUCGCUCGCGCUGGCACCUGCAUGAGCCUCGCUGAGGCCCAGCAAGUCACAAACAACUUCGAGAACCUGGUCGGCACGGGUUACUCUGACACCCUCGCCACGGAAGCGAUGGCUGAGGACUUCAACGACUACUCCGACUCCGUCACCUCGCUCAUCGAUGCCGGCUGCACCGGUCCCCAACCGCUCGGCGUUGCCACCUUCACCAGCCGUGCUGAGUUCAUGGUCGCCCAAUCUCAGCAGCCCCCGCUCCCCUUCCAGCUGCUCUCCAUGUGGUACAACUGCGACACCGUCUUCAUCCACUGGAAGGCCCCUCUCCCUCCCCAGCAAGUCACCGGCAUCAUCGUCAUCGAGACCACCCCGGCUCCUGCAGGCGGCCCGUACUCCUGGCUCAUCCAGACCGUCUACUCCGAGUUCAACAGCGGUGCAUGGCUCGUUGACGUCGACACCUUCGUGCCGUCCAACUGCACCGCAUAAGCGUGUCUUCCUCUUUCUCUCCCGUACAACAUUCACGGCGCUUAUUCCACGGCCUGUCAACUGGGGUGAUGCACGCCAAAAAGCUGCCACGCGCGACUUCUGUUUUUGGAAAUAUCUUGCGCGCGCGCCUUCUUCGGGCAUUCAAACGGGGCUUGGGUUUGGCGCUUCACAAUCAAUGUAUCGGAUAAUGUAUGGCGGUCGUCUUCUUCCGAUAUUCUCUAGCAUUCAGAGGGUCACCUUGGGGCAAUCUGCGCAAAGCACCGCUUAGACGUCACGACGCUUGCGAUGGCUGGGCAACAUACAGACCACGACGUUGAUGGCAUAAUAUGAUUAGUCAAUGUCUAUAUUACCGCUACCAAUCUGACCUUCACUACCAUCAUUCGUUCGUCGCAU